AAAUUCUUCUUUGAAUUAUUCAAAGAAGGAAAAAAAUAGUUUUACCCGCUAUAAAAAUGAAUAAAUGGAAAAACAGAGCCCCAUUAAUUAAAUGUAGAGUCAUGUUAUUCAUGAAUACUGAAUGGCUGCUGUGUAUCUUGAGAGAGAAAAGAACUGGGUCCCAGCUCCUCAUUCUUUUCUUGUCUAUCAGCGUCAAAUGGGGACAAGGGGAAGGAACAGGAGGAGGAAGAAAAAUCGAGCUUUGAAAGCUUGCAGAGAGAGCCUGCAAGAACUGAAGGAGACUCAAGACCUGUUCUUGCUUCUGCAAAGCCUCCUGGGUCAGCUCCCUGAAAAGGGCAACUUUCAUCAGCUCUUAUGUCAAGAGCCCUCUGCUGAGAUGUGCAAAACGGCACCUGCUGAAGCCCAUCUGCCACGUGAGGAACCCAUAGACAACGCUGCUCCCGCUGUGUCCCCUUGGGCUUCCACAGUUCCUCUGACCAAGCCCCCUCUACCUCUGGCCUCCAAGCUUUCACCAUACCUGACCACCCCCUGA